CGAUGGGGCCCCCCGCGCUGUGGCUGGCCUGGGCGCUGCUGGGCGCGGCGGCCGCGUGUCCGGAGCCGUGCGCCUGCGUGGACAAGUACGCGCACCAGUUCGCCGACUGCGCCUACAAGGAGCUGCGGGAGGUGCCCUCCGGGCUGCCGGCCAACGUGACCACGCUCAGCCUGUCGGCCAACCGCAUCGCCGUGCUCCGGCGCGGGGCCUUCGCCGACGUGGCGCAGGUGACCUCGCUCUGGCUGGCGCACAACGAGGUGCGCUCCGUGGAGCCGGGCGCGCUGGCGCCGCUCACGCAGCUCAAGAACCUGGACCUGAGCCACAACCAGCUGCGGCGCUUCCCCUGGGCCGACCUGCGGGGCCUGGGCGCCCUGCAGCUGCUCAAGCUCAACCACAACCGGCUGCGGGCGCUGCCCCGCCUCGCCCUGGCCGCGCUGCCCGACCUGCGGUCGCUCCGCGUCAACGACAACCGGCUGCGCACGCUGGCGCCCGGCACCUUCGACGGGCUGGGCGCGCUGUCUCACCUGCAGCUCUACCGCAACCCCUUCCACUGCGGCUGCGCGCUGCGCUGGCUGCAGGCCUGGGCCGCCGCCACCCGCGUGUCGCUGCCGGAGCCCGAUGCCAUCGCCUGUGCCUCGCCGCCCGCGCUGCGCGGAGUCCCGGUGCCCCGCCUGCCCGCGCUGGCCUGUGCGCCGCCCGCCGUGCGCCUGAGCGCCGAGCCCGCCCCGGAGGCCCUGCGCGCCGGCCAGCCGCUGCUGCUGCACUGCCAGGCUGAGGGCCAGCCCGCGCCCAGCGUCCAGUGGCACCUGCAGCUCCCCGGCGGCACGGUGGUCCUGGAGGCACUGGCGGAGGGCGGGGAGGACGCGGGGGGUGAGGAAGACGAGGAGGAGGAGGAGGAGGAGGAGGAGGAGGAGGAGGGCCAGGAGGGCGAGGAGGCCUCCACCCCCACCCCCGCCCCCGCCCCGCUCCCGCUCCCCGCCUGGCCCGAGCCCCCCGCCGCCCCGCGGCUGCUGGCCCUGGCCAACGGCUCGCUGUGGGUGCCCGCGCUGAGCGCCAAGGAGGCGGGCGUCUACUCCUGCCGGGCGCGCAACGAGCUGGGCACCAACUCCUCAUCACUGCGCGUGACGGUGGCUGCGGCCGGGCCCCCCAAGCACUCCGGCGGCGACCCCGACGGCCUGGACCUCACUGAGCGCAAGGCCGCCGCCAAGGGCCGCGAUAACAGCGUGCUGCCCGCCAAGCCCGAGGCCAAGGGCCGGGGUCAGGGCGCGGCGCGGCCUGGGCCGGAGGGGGCGGGCGGCCCAGGGUCCGAGGACGCGGGGCCGGAGGAGGGGACCGAGGGGACCGACGCCCCGGGGUCCGAGCCGCGCUGCGUGCGCGGCGACCCCGCGCGCUACGUGUCCAAUCACGCCUUCAACCGCAGCGCCGAGCUCAAGCCGCGCGCCUUCGAGCUGGGGGUCAUCGCGCUGGACGUGGCGGAGCGCGAGGCGCGGGUGCAGCUGACAGCGGUCUCCGGGCGCGGGGGCUCCGGGGGCGGCCCGGGGGGGCGUCGCGCGCGCCUGCUCUUCCUGUGCCCGGCGGGCGGCGGCGCGGCCGAGCAGUGGUCGCGGGUGGAGGACGGGGUCAACGCCUACUGGUUCCGCGGGCUGCGGCCGGGCACCAACUACUCCGUGUGCCUGGCGCCCGCGGGCGAGGCCUGCCACGUGCAGGUGGUGUUCGCCACCCGCAAGGAGCUGCCGUCGCUGCUGGUCAUCGUGGGCGUGGGCGCCUGCCUGCUGGUGCUGGCCACCGUGCCGCUGGUGGCCGCCGCCUGCUGCCACCUCCUGGCGCGCGCGCCGGGGAAGCCCUACCGCCUGGUGCUGCGGCCGCGGCCGCCCGAUGCACUGGAUAAGCGCAUCGCCGCCGACUUCGACCCGCGCGCGUCCUAUCUGGGGUCCGAGGGGGGCUACGUGGCGGGCGGCGCCGGCGGGGACGGGGACGGGGACGCGGGCGGGGACGCCGGCCAGGGCCUGGGCGCAGGGCCCGGCGGGAACGGGACGGAGGAGUCGCUGUCCAGGGCCAACCCCGAAGAGUUCGAGGCGGGGUCCGAGUACAGUGACCGCCUGCCUCUGGGCGCCGAGGCGCUGGACAUCGAGCCCGAGGUCAACGGUAACUACCGCCAGACGGGGGGCUGAGCUGGGCCUCCAGCCGCCCCCACGCCCCUCCCUGUCCUUGGGGGCCAGCGGCUUCUCCCCUGCCAGCCACCCCGCCCCGCCACCCCCCCCCCCCACUUUCCUGCAAGCUGCUCCCUCCUUCCUUCCCCUUCUCUCUUCACCAAGGCUUCAAGGUAACCCCUUCCCUCCUAGCUGCCCCUUCCCCAGAUCCAGGGCCCCAGCCCCGCCUGUCCCUGACCUGGUGGGUCCCAGGAGCUGGGGUCUUGGACACACCCCCUUAGCUUGGGGGCGCCAAGUUAUCCCUACGACCCGCCCUGUAAUGUCUGUGGAGGCUAGUGCACUCCCCUCCCUAGCUUCCAGUCUGACUUCUCUUGGUCCCCCAGACUGAGCCCCCACCCCCACCCCCGCUGGUGCUAACAC